CAUGCAUGUUCCAGGAAGUGGAGUCGUGAUGUCAACAGAUACACGGUGCUGUCGACAUGGAACUUCCACACAUUUGUAUCAUUAAAUGCUGUUUUCGGCUUUAAAUUCACCAGUUUGAGAAUGAGAGGCGUUUGUCACAACAUUUUGUUGCUAUCCUUUUUGCUGUUAUUCGUUAAUCCGUGCGUGCCUCAGCGAGGUAAGAGGGACGACUCGUUGGACCGACGUGGGAGAGAUGACGACGACGGACAGGAUGUAAACCAAAACGACAAUCCUUUAGUUAAACACCAGCAAGCAUCGAUAAAACAUGAUAAUAAGGAUGGACUCGAGUCACACGACCCCCAACAGGAUGGACCGUCUGUCAGCAAGUCCAAUGACACGGAUAACAACAGCAAUGAGACCCUCCGGUCUACAACACCUGCCACCAAGCCGAAUACUCCAGUACCCCCUACUCCCAAGCCUAUACUGCCUGUUCAGACAGGCGUUAAGGCCCAAGAAGAGGAGCAGUCCAGUGGGUUGACCAUAUUCUUUAGCCUGCUGGUUAUCGGUAUCUGCAUCAUAUUGGUGCACCUGCUUAUCAAGUUCAAGCUACAUUUUCUUCCAGAGAGUGUGGCUGUCGUGUCCCUCGGGAUUCUAAUGGGAGGCUUCAUUAAGCUCAUUGAGUUCCAGGAACUUGCCAACUGGAAGGAGGAGGAAAUGUUCCGACCCAACAUGUUCUUCCUUUUGCUGCUGCCGCCCAUCAUCUUUGAAUCUGGAUACUCUUUACAUAAGGGAAACUUCUUCCAGAACAUUGGCUCCAUUACUCUCUUUGCUGUGAUUGGCACAGUCUUCUCUGCCUUCAUAGUCGGAGGAGGGAUCUAUUUCCUUGGGCAGGCGGACGUGAUCUAUAAGAUGUCCAUGACUGAUAGCUUUGCCUUCGGCUCUCUGAUCUCGGCCGUGGACCCUGUAGCUACCAUCGCCAUCUUUAACGCCCUCAACGUGGACCCAGUCCUCAACAUGCUGGUGUUUGGUGAGAGCAUCCUCAACGAUGCUGUCUCCAUUGUUCUCACCAACACAGCCGAGGGGUUCUUUUCCCACUCAGACAACUCCACGGUAACAGGCUGGGAGACUUUUAUACAGGCGUUGGGUUAUUUCCUUCGAAUGUUUUUCGGUUCUGCCGCCCUGGGAACCCUCACCGGACUCAUCUCGGCUCUUUUUCUAAAACACUUUGAUCUGAGGAAGACUCCUUCACUGGAGUUCGGUAUGAUGAUCAUCUUUGCAUACCUUCCUUAUGGCCUGGCAGAAGGAAUCAAACUGUCAGGAAUAAUGUCCAUCCUGUUUGCUGGGAUUGUGAUGUCCCACUACACCCAUCAUAACUUGUCUCCUGUUACUCAGAUCCUCAUGCAGCAGACUCUGCGCUCAGUGGCCUUUAUGUGUGAGACAUGCGUGUUCGCCUUCCUUGGUCUCUCCAUCUUCAGCUUCCCUCAUAAGUUUGAAAUAUCCUUCGUCAUCUGGUGCAUAGUUUUGGUUCUUCUCGGCCGAGCGGUGAACAUCUUCCCUCUGUCGUUCCUGCUGAACUUUUUCAGAGACCACAAGAUCACACCCAAAAUGAUGUUCAUCAUGUGGUUUAGUGGUUUACGGGGUGCUAUCCCCUACGCCUUAAGCCUUCAUCUCGGCCUGGAGCCCAUCGAGAAGCGGCAGCUAAUCGGCACCACCACCAUCAUCAUCGUCCUCUUCACCAUCCUCCUCCUCGGGGGCGGGACCAUGCCCCUUAUCCGCCUCAUGGACAUCGAGGAAAGCCAGUCGCGACGGAAGAACAAGAAAGACAUCAAUCUCAGCAAGACGGAGAAAAUGGGCAACACCAUUGAGUCCGAGCACCUAUCAGAACUGACAGAGGAGGAGUACGAGGCUCAUAUCUACCAGAGGCAAGAUCUGAAGGGCUUUAUGUGGCUCGAUGCUAAAUACCUUAACCCCUUUUUCACUCGCAGGCUAACCCAAGAGGACCUGUUACAUGGCCGGAUCCAGAUGAAGACCCUCACAAACAAGUGGUACGAAGAAGUUCGCCAGGGACCCUCGGGCUCUGAAGAUGACGAGGACGAAGCAGAACUCUUGUGAAGUGAACAAACACUCUCAAAAGAACGGACAUGUUGUGUCCUUGGCUGUGGGAGUGUUUGUUUUAGCUCCAGGUUGUGUUUUUUCAGUAUCGGUCACAUGCACUUUUUUUUUUUUUUUUUUCCAUUUACUUACCUCUGUCUUCAUGUGACAGAAGAGUGUAUGUCAGUACAAAGCAUCAACCUCCGGUGUUGAAGAAUGAAGCCAAUGCGGAUGUGAAAAAUGCUGCAGUUCUUUGAGGGUCUGCUCAAUGCUGGCUCCAGAAGCCCUGGAUGUCACAUACACAAACCAUUCGAAAAAGCCAAUUUUUACAGCAGAAAUUAACAUGUUUACAGCCUGAUUCAAAAAAUGAAAUUGGUCUGAUUAGUAAUUGUCCUCACAGGCACACUCUGUACUGUGAUUUUUUUAUAUAAUCUGUUUUAAUUUUCUGAACGAUACGUGUUAUCCAUAGUUAGGCGCGAUGUAACGGUUUGUCAGGAGGCUUUAAACCCGCCUCAGCUCCGGCUCUAAAACUGUUGAUAGGUUGACUGAAAGUUAGGCUGAGACAGGAUAUCCAGAUGAGCCUCCAGAUCCCCCCUGCCGCAGCAGAUGGGUGACGUCACUCAGGCUUCGUACAUUAAUAUUUACAGUCUAUGGUCAGUACACAAAGUGACUGGAAGGUUUCAGAUCAACGUGAAGUUGCAGUAAAACUGGAUGAGAAUUGGCAACAA